CUAACCUAAAACACCAUGCAAUGGGAAAUGAAAAGACCUUCAUAAAGUCUCAUUCACCUUUUCUUGCAAGAAACCUCGCAAUCUCACAUGGUGGAUUAGGCAUAUUACACUCCCAUCAACAAUAUACCAACACGCCAAGUCGGCAACAUCCUCUUCAAGGCCUUUUUACUCACAUUUUUUUUUCUUGAUAUUAUUAUGUAUCUUUGGUGGUUGAGCUAUCUAUCCUUUCUCGGAACUACCCACCAUUAAUUCAACACUCUUCUUCCAGCUUUCCCUAAAUGACUCUCUUUCUUCUACUUGUUCUUAUAUUAACUGUCUUUGUUUCACAUCUUCCCUCAAGCAAGCUUUCUCCCAUUUCUUUUCAUACCCAAACCAGUUCCCUUUUAGCUGAUUUUUACAAGACAACCAUGAUUGGAGAGACAAAUAUGGAUAAGGAUAGCAUUGAGAUGGAUAAAGAGAGGCUGACGGCGGAAAUGGCAUUCAAAGACUCCUCCUCUGCCGUCAUCAAAAUACGGCGAAGAUUGCCUGAUUUCCUGCAGUCUGUAAAGCUUAAGUAUGUGAAGUUAGGGUAUGGUUAUUCAUGUAACCCUGCAACCAUUCUCAUGGUUGCUUUAGUCCUACCACUUCUCUAUACCAUUCUGGUUCACUUCAUUGAUCUAAAAAUGGACCGGAUUUCCGAGUUAUGGACCAACCAAUCCCUUCGACUUGAGAGCAUUGAUGCUGCUACAACACUAGCUGCUUCAUUGUUUAUGUUCUUCCUCUUUGCUCUCUACUAUGCGAAACGGUCAAGGCCGGUUUACCUCGUCGACUUCGCUUGUUUCAAACCUGAAGAUGAUCGUAAAAUGUCAGUUGAUUCCUUCCUCAAGAUGACUGAAGAUAGCGGAGCUUUCGCGGAGGACACGCUCCAAUUUCAAAGACGGAUAUCAACCCGGUCUGGUCUAGGCGACGAGACGUAUUUCCCCAGAGGAAUAACAUCUACACCGCCAAAUCUGUGCAUGGAAGAAGCUCGAUCUGAAGCUGAAGCUGUCAUGUUCGGAGCACUCGACUCGCUUUUUGAGAAAACCGGGGUCAACCCCAAGGAUAUAGGCAUCCUUGUCGUUAAUUGCAGCUUAUUCAAUCCAACCCCAUCCCUCUCAGCCAUGAUAGUUAAACAUUACAAGCUACGUACGGAUAUCAAGAGCUACAAUCUCGGAGGAAUGGGGUGCAGUGCAGGCCUUAUAUCAGUCGAGCUAGCUAAAAACCUCCUUCAAGCCAAUCCCAACACGUAUGCCGUAGUGGUAAGCACGGAAAACAUAACACUGAAUUGGUAUUUCGGCAAUGACAGGUCCAUGUUGCUAUGCAACUGCAUAUUCCGCAUGGGUGGAGCCGCUGUGCUCUUGUCGAACAAGGCUGGAGACAAGAGUCGUUCCAAGUACCAGCUGGUUCACUUGGUUCGAACCCAUAAAGGCGCGGACGACAAACAUUACAACUGCGUCUACCAAAGAGAGGAUGAGAAAGGAACCGUUGGGGUUUCUUUGGCUCGUGAACUAAUGGCUGUAGCUGGAGACGCAUUGAAAACCAAUAUUACCACUCUGGGUCCCCUUGUUUUACCCUGGACAGAGCAGUUCAUGUUCUUUGUUACUCUUGUUCGAAAGAAGAUUUUCAAAGCCAAAGUUAAGCCAUACAUACCUGAUUUCAAGCUUGCUUUCGAGCAUUUCUGUAUCCAUGCUGGUGGAAGGGCGGUUUUGGAUGAAUUGCAGAAGAAUUUGCAGCUAACAGAUUGGCAUAUGGAGCCUUCAAGGAUGACUCUACAUAGAUUUGGGAACACUUCAAGUAGCUCCUUGUGGUAUGAGCUGGCUUACACGGAGGCCAAGGGUCGGGUGUCGAGUGGUGACAGGGUAUGGCAGAUAGCAUUCGGGUCGGGCUUCAAGUGUAACAGUGCUGUUUGGAGAGCUCUUAGGCGGAGUCCCAUGAAUGAGUUAAGGGGAAACCCCUGGAAGGAUGAAAUUGAUAAGCAACCGGUGAAGGUUCCCAUUGCUUGAUAUCUCAAACUCCAAUUGAAGUCAAUCGUUUGGAAUGGUGGGUGCCCUAUGACCUGCGGGGUUCUUUCGUUUCCUCUCUGUUUCAUUUAUUUUUUACUUAAUGAAAAUGUAAUUAUUAUAUAUAUAUUCCACAUAUCGUUAUAUUGUUAUCCUAAUGUACGAAAAUAAGAUUAUUUUAAUUUUUACAUACUAAUAAAAGAUAAUAUCAUCUAAUCAA